AUGCGAACUGAGGCCCUGACUUUAGACGUGCAUAUGCGAUCUGCUGGUUCCCCGCCAAAAUCACCAGCCUCGAGAACAGCUACAGUCAAUAAAAUCAACUUUACAGGGCCAUUCGACAUGAAGAUCAAGGCCCUCAGCCGCUCCGUGUCGGCUCAACAAGCAGCCGGCUCAGAUGUUACAAAGCAACCACGAAACCUCGAUUCCGCCCUCCAUCCUUUUGAGCGCGCACGCGAGUACCAGCGAGCCCUCAAUGCCGUCAAGCUCGAGCGAAUGCAUGCGCAGCCUUUCGUAGGCCAGCUAGGACGGGGUCAUGUCGACGGUGUCUAUUCCAUCGCCAAGGAUCCCAACUCUCUUGAGCACUUUGCAAGUGGUAGUGGUGACGGUGUUGUCAAGGUUUGGGACCUAGCCGAUAGAGACGAGAUAUGGCAUGCGACAGCUCAUGAGAAUAUCGUCAAGGGUCUAGAAUGGACUCGCGAUCAAAAGCUCUUGACCUGUGCGGCCGAUAGAACGAUCAAGUUGUUUGACCCUUAUAACACACCUAGCGAAGCGGCCCCUAUAUCAUCAUGGCUUGGAAAUGGUGCUUUUACCAGCUUGUCGCACCAUCGCUCCAAGAACUCGUUUGCUGCUGCUUCUAGUGUGAUCAACAUCUACGAUCUCGAACGUCACACCGCUGCGCCUGAAAUUCUCAAAUGGCCUACAUCUGUCGACACCAUCACUGACGUUGCCUUCAAUUACGUCGAGACUUCAAUCUUGGGAUCAUGCUCCAACGACCGCUCCAUCGUCAUCUACGACCUCCGCACAUCUACACCUGUCACAAAGACCGUCCUCAAGUUCGCCAGCAACCGCCUAUCUUGGUCCCCUAUGGAGGCUUUCAACCUGGCUGCUGCUUCUGAAGAUCACAACAUCUACCUCUUCGACAUGCGCAAGUUUGACCGUGCUCUCAACGUUCUCAAGGAUCACGUCGCCGCCGUCAUGGAUGUCGAAUGGUCGCCCACUGGUGAAGAGCUUGUAUCCGCAUCUUGGGACCGAACCGUUCGUCUCUGGAACCGAGACCGCGGUCACUCGCGAGAUAUCUACCACACCAAGCGUAUGCAGCGUGUUACAGCAGCCAGCUGGACCCCUGACGCGCGCUACAUUCUCUCUGGAUCCGACGAUGGUAACGUUCGACUCUGGCGCGCCAACGCCUCACGCCGUGAAGGUGUCAAGUCAGCUCGUCAACGACAGGCCCUGGAGUACAAUGAAGCUCUUAUCGAGCGUUACCAGCACAUGCCUGAAGUUCGCCGCAUUCACCGUCACCGUCAUGUGCCCAAGGUCCUCAAGAAGGCCGGCGAGAUUAAGGCUGAGGAGCUCAAGAGCAUUAAGCGCCGUGAGGAGAAUGAGCGUCGUCAUACUAAGAAGCAAUUCGAGAGACGCAGGGGAGAGAGAGAAAAGAUGAUUCUGGCGAGAGAGAAGUAAGGGAAGUGCAACAAGUCUUACAGUUGCAGCAAUGAGAAAAGUUCAGUGGGAUUACAAAGGCACGGAAGGGCAUUGCAAGGCGUUCGGGUCGUCUAUUUAUGGGUAAUCUAGAUGACUUUAUUGAAGAAUAUACCAUUCGUGAUUCAUAGACCAAACCUCAGUCCAAGAUGUCACAAACAUUUAACCUUGAUUUGAUCUAAGCAGGGCAUCAGAUAGGCAACAGACUGAAGGA